AUGAAACCGUCAGCGUCUGUCCUCUGUCUCUUUCUCAACUACUUUUGUGCAUUUUCACAAUAUUCCCAUGAAUUACGUGGCUCAGUGGGAUGCUAUCCCAAUGACACUGCACAAUUUACUUACGAUUUUGAUGGAGACUUGGUUGUGUAUGCAGAUUUUCAGAACAGCAAGGUUGUAUACACCAUACCACCUUUUAUUCCUUUUGACCCAAGCUCACUUCCAGAUAUUUAUCAAAACGCAUGGAGAUCAAGAAAGGGAUGUUGGGAUGUUCAAUCACUUGCAAAGGUGGCUCGAGUGCCAGAAAUGGAAGCACCAGAAGUUAAAGACCCCCCUGAAAGCAUCUUGUAUCCAGCUGAAGAAGUCCUGUUGAAAGUGGAAAACAGUCUUGUUUGUUUUGUGAAUCGUUUCUACCCUCCAGUCCUCACUGUGACAUGGACCAAAAACAAUCAUCCCGUGUCAGAAGGGGUGUCCACCAGUGCUUAUAUCGCCAACAGUGACCAGACCUUCCACUGCUUUUCCACGCUCACUUUCAUACCAGAGGACGGAGACAUGUACAGCUGCACGGUGGAGCACCCUGCCCUGGAGAAACCUAAAACACGGACAUGGGAUGUGGAUGUGAAGAAGCAUGGAGACCUGGCACUUGAUUUGUACUGUGGAGUGGGCCUGACUGUAGCCUUACUGGGAGUCGCAAUUGGGACAUUUUUAAUUGUCAAAGGACGCUAUAGGCAGUUGGCAGCUGAAUAUAUUGACCUUGGUUAGGUGAUAUCGACAAAUGUGUGACUAUGUUCUUU